AUGGCCACGAUUCAACAACCCGUACAACAUCCACAGCCGGAUGCCUAUCGUCUACCCCACCCUGGUCCAUAUCAACGUGCCCCCGAGAUGUACGUUCCUCCACCCGCCGCUCCCCCGGUAUCUUCGGGAGUAUAUCCGGCCGCCGCUCCAAGACAGCGAACCGCGAUAGCAUGUCGAUAUUGUCGCAGGCGGAAGAUUCGAUGCUCUGGAUUCGAGUCGUCGCAUGACGGCCGAUGUAGCAAUUGCGUGAGGUUUAACCAAGAUUGCAUGUUCACGCCGGUGUCUUCACAGACGCAAGCGUUUGUUCCCGCCCAUGCGGCGUACCCCCACCUCCGGAAUGUUCAGGCGGCGGCACGCAUGGGGGGACGACCUGGCGAUGGAGUAUUACUCUAUGGAGCCCAUGGACAGCCUUUGCCUCCACCACAGGCUCCUCCUGUCCCUGCUGCCGUUCCACAUGGACAGGAAAACACAUUGCCACCUCCAGUGAAUUUGUACCAGCAGCCACACCCAUCCUACGGGAGACCAGGACCCGGACCAACAGGCCCGCCUCCAUCUUUGGCCCCUGCUAUUUAUCAUGAUCCUGUGAGUCGCAAACGUCCCCACCCCGGCGAGGUUUCCCUUCCUCAACCCCGUGGCCAUUCUCCAUCCGUUUCAAAUUCUAAUUCCUCCCGCUCCUCUCCACAGCGAGCUUCCCAAGGACGUCGUGAAUCAGGCACUGGAUAUGAAUACUCCGAACCUCCAACACUACCUCCCGUCUCAGCUCCGGCCUCCGGCGCUGCUUAUCCUUCUCAGCCUGCUCCCGCUGCUCCUGGCACAUUCUAUCCACCCGGGCAACAAGACACGAGAAGAUUGUCAUCUCAUUCAUCAUACUCGUUCGAUCAAUCACACAACCCACCGCCUGGCACAAAUCCAUCAGCUCCCACUCUACCAACCCUUCAACCCCCGCCCUCUUCCACUGCGAGGGAUUCAGGCUCGACUCCCCCGCCCGGACAGACUGCUACCACUAGACGCAGCGGCCUUAGCGUUACAGAUAUGCUAGUUCCUACCGAGCCUCAAAAUCUACGCAGUGAUACCGAUAAUCGCAUGGUGAGCGCGCUUGAUAGACGAGGGAUAGGUAGAUAA